CUAUAUUGGCUAUAUAUGUAUAUAUCCCCUAUGUAUAUAUACACUUGCCAGUUUGUUUUAUAAUCUCUCUCAAGUCUCAACCGUGCUCACAACUCACAAGCACAUAAUACUUCGAUAUACCAAAUUAAUUCGCCGCUUCUUCUUUUCUAUCUGUUUUCUUCCUUCUAAUAAAUCAAAAGAAUGGUAGAAAUAAAGGAACUAGUGAUGUUGUUUGAUUUUGAUAAAACGAUAAUUGAAUGUGACAGUGAUGAUUGGGUUAUUCAGAAUCUUGGUUUCACUGAACUCUUCAAUACUCUUCUUCCUACCAUGCCUUACAAUUCUCUUAUGGAUCGAAUUAUGGGGGAACUUCAUUCUCAAGGAACAACGAUACAGGAUAUUGCAGAAUGGUUGAUCAAAGUUCCGUUAUCUCCUAACAUUACACACGCCAUAAAGUCGGCUUAUGCUUCUGGGUGUGAUUUAAGGAUUGUAAGCAAUGCAAAUACAUUUUUUAUCGAGACAAUUUUAAAGCAUAAUGGAGUGUUACAUUGUUUCUCUGAAAUCAACACAAAUCCGGUAUCUAUUGAAGAAGAUGGGAGGCUUAAAAUUCUACCAUAUCAUGAUUUUAAUUCAUCUUCUCAUGGGUGCAACCUCUGUCCUCCCAAUCUAUGCAAGGGGUUAGUCCUUAGAAGAAUUCAAGCUUCUUCAGUCAAAAAGCGAUUCGUCUACGUAGGAGAUGGCAAAAAUGACUACUGCCCAAGUUUAAAGCUAACAACAAUAGACUAUGUGAUGCCAAGAAAACAUCUUCCUCUUUGGGAUGCAAUUUGCAGCGAUCCUACUCUUAUAAGCGCAUCGAUUCAUGAAUGGGAGGAUGCUAAUGAACUUGGGAGGAUGUUGAUUAAUCUAAUUAGUAUUUUAAUGAUGAAACCAAAUCAUGAUCUUGCAUUUGAAGAUUAUGUAUCAGGUGAUUGCAAGUCUAGCUAUGAUUCUGCACAUGGGUCCUCUUAGAAGGUUGUCCAACUCUCUAAUUCCUCUACGAGAGGAACAUAUAAUUGUUCAUACCAUGAACAAAAUUGAGCAAUUUUUUUUACU